AUGUCGUACGAUGAAUACUACGACCAGGAUGAGCGAUAUCUAGAAACAAUUCAUGAAGUAGAGUCCAUUCGAGAGAGGCCACAGAGCGUAGCGCAUCCUCAAGCUCUGCCAGAAUUACCUUUUCGAGCCGUCCCGCCAUUACAGCAUGACAACAGUCGAGUCGCUUCCUCAGUCUACUCGACUAAUGAUGCCACACAGCGCGACAGCCGCAUCGCCUCGUCUCUUUACUCCCAGCCAUCGCCUGGUCAUCCUCCAGAAGACAUCAAGACCGCAGACCUGUCAAAUAAGGAGAACGUACGAGACGAGAUAUCGCCCGUGAGCACACCGCGAUCAGCGACCUUCCCAAUAGGCUCAGACACGACUGUGUCUCCUAUCGAGUCCUCGUUUCCAACUUUUGCACGCGCGCCUCUCCCCGAGCACCCUGUCAAGAGCAAGAUCCCGCUGCCUAGGUCUACGACAGCAAAUGAAGGCAAAACACCUCCGGGCCAGCGAACCAAGAAGCAGGACACCAAGUGGGACGCAUACUCUGGUGAACAGACGACCUCGGAUACUGGUAAGCGCGGGUCGAUUCGCCUAGAGCCGGAUCAAAUUGCCAUGCAGUUUCCUCAGCUCAAGGAAAGAACAAAGCAAAUCUUGGCCGGCCUGCGGGAUCCUGAAGCAAAGAAAACAACGUGGGGCCGACAGCCACCGCCCGUUGAAGAUCCGCUGGAUGCGCCUGUCCAGCAACGACCAGCUUGGAAAGGUGCGAGUGGCAGAGAGGCCGUCGUCGAGCCUGUGAGGAACGAUCGAAGUGCUCGAAAGGGGCCACUGAACAUUCCCCAACGGAAUGUAAGUCGUGAUAAUCCGGUCGCGUCACAGGCCAGGACGCAGUCGCCCGAGGUCUCUGCUCACUCCAGCCCAGCCCUUGGAUCUGGCCACCUCCCAGUGCAAGAGCCGCAUUCUUUUCACCAGCAAGUGACCAGUACGGAGAACGAGCGGUCUAUCCGCAAAGUGCCAUCUCAAGAGCCCGUGAAGCCCAUCGCACCGUUGAAGACGAGACAGGAUAAAGUCAAAUCGCAGACUGAUCCAACCAGUGGUGGCUUGUUACAAAGUCCGUUUCAGAGUCCUCCGGCACGGUCAGCAGCACCCACACGCGCCCCUGAAACAGCUGCAACGCACAAGCAUGGAGUUGCGUCCCCGGACGGUCUAGGCGAUGAACCGUCAACGCCGCCACGCAGGUCGUCACUUCGGAUGAAACAUAAGCAGGGCUUGCAUCCCGAUUCUGCAGCACCUCAGGAUGAAGUCUCACGCUUCAGCUGGACCACCUACGCGACUACGGUCAACGAUAGUCCGCUGUCAAUGCACCCGGCCACAGACAGCAGUCCUGUGCCCGCGAUGCCGUCCUCGAUCCCUCCAGUACAGCCUCGGUCCAACGUUGCACCUUCAGCUUCGUCUCGAGCAAUGCGACAGUACUCCAAUAGCGAUGCACGGCAUUCAACUGCAAGUAUCGUAAGUCGGAAACCUGUCGGCGAUCGACGUAGAUCGUCCUCAAUGCAGUCUUCAACAGCGAAGGACCUACCACCACCGCCACCUCCUGAAGCCACAUCAAACAAGGACAAAGUCGACAUACUUGAGGCACGGCAAGCACACCUCUUCACACGCAAGGUCAACAAUGGCAGAAUUCGAUCCGAACUGACCGAAGCACUUAGACGAAACGCCAUCAUAUACGACAUCUACAAACGGAAGGAGGUCGAGGUCCGCAUCAAGGAGCUCGAACGGGAACACGACGAGAUCACGCAAGAACAGCACGACGUCGGUGUUCGAUUGCAUCGUGCGCAGAAGAAACGCGAUAAUGCUGACGAAUAUGAAGGUGGUACUGCGCUUUGGAUUACCAGGGUCACGCAGUAA